GCCAUAUCUCGAGACCGGCACUCCGUCCACCAAACUCGUUCUUCGAGCCGAACAAGUGGGCGAAUUGGCAACCUGAUCGCUGUGAAAUAUGCCCGCCUCAGAAAUUGAUUCGGAUGAGCUGGAGGAGCUCGAACAAGCAGCCGAGCAAGAGGAAUUGGAGGAUGCUGAUUUGCAAGCUCUCAUCGAUGAAGCCGAGGCAGCUUUCCCAGAAGAACGCAUCAAGGAGCUCAAACGCAGUGUGCAAGAGCUCGGAAUCAGGGGCUGGGUGCAGCAUCAUGUCAUUGGCAAAAAGUUUAAUAUCCAACAUUUCUUGAUCGCCGUCGGGGUACUGCUCCCAAAGGAAUUGAGGGACUCCGAUGUGCCAGUCGAAGCGCUCGUUCCUGUCUUGAAGGCAGUCUUAAUCAGGCUCCUCCGUCAACGGGAACGUCUUGCGCAAUACAACACGCCUGACGACGCCGUCAAUCUCAUCAAGACAGCACGUAAUAUUGUUGUCCUAACGGGUGCUGGCAUCUCGGUAUCAUGUGGGAUACCUGACUUUCGAAGUCGCGAUGGGAUCUACGCGAGCUUAGCGGGCAAGUACGACUUGGACGAGCCAGAGAACAUGUUUGACAAGGAGUACUUUAUGCAACAGCCCAGUGUCUUCUUCGACUUUGCACAUUCGAUCUUCCCCUCAAAUUUCAAGCCCUCACCCUCGCAUCGCUUCAUAAAGCUCCUAGAAGAUAAGGAGAAGCUGCUACGCAACUAUACGCAGAACAUAGACACGCUUGAGAAAGCAGCAGGUAUCACCCGUGUGCUGCACUGUCACGGUUCCUUUGCGACUGCGACUUGUACGGACCCCGCCUGUCGGCACAAAGUCCAAGGAUCGGAGAUCAAAGAUGCGAUCUUUAAGCAGGAUGUCCCUCAAUGCCGUGUUUGCCAGAAGCGAAAGCAAGAUGCUCGCUCGAAGCAAGGCAGGAGCAAAAAACAAAAGACGACCGGUGGGGCUUCUUGGAAGGACCAAGAGGAUCCCGAUGAAGAGGACGAUGCCUUGCCUGGUCUUGGUGUGAUGAAACCUGACAUAACAUUCUUUGGCGAGAAACUCGACAGCUCUUUCGAGAAUGCACUCAACGCCGACCGCCCACACGCGGACCUGAUCAUCGUCAUGGGCACAUCUUUGCAAGUGGCACCUGUUGCCGAGCUCCUGACCUACAUGCCACACCGUAUCCCCGUCAUACUCAUCAACAAAACGCCCAUUCUGCACUUCCAGACGGACAUCAUGCUGCUGGGAAGCAGCGACCAGGUCGUCCAGUACCUCUGCACCAAGCUCGGAUGGGAGCUGCCUAAACCGGACCCGGUCAAAGAGGCGGUCGGCGCAGACAGCGAGGCCAAGAAGCAAGAGCUUAGUCGCCAUAGAGUCGCACCCGCGAUCGUCGAACCUGCUCGAUUUGACCAGGCCUCAUAUAUCUGGCUCUGGCCAGAUGCUGAAGCAGACACUUUGCGGUGCGCAGCGCAAGCAGAAUCACAAAGCGACGACAGUGAACAAGGGGGCAACGGAGGCGAGAACCCUGAUAAAGAGGAAGAGGAAGAUACUACCCCAGCUGGCGGUAAUAUGGAUGCGGCGCAAUGAGGGCUUGGCCGACAACGACUAGUCUCAUUUGUAGAAGCUCUGCGAGGCGCCUCAUAGCAUAUCGUCCAUUUUGUACAGCCUGUGGCUCCGGCUGCAUGUACACUGGCACUCAGCGCUUCCCCUUGCUCCUUCCCUUUACUCCGGCCUUGCUCUUCAAG